UAUAAUGAGAUGUAAAAAAACUAAAUAAUGGACUAAAUGACUCGAUCGCAUUGAAUUAAUGAUAAUUAUUUUUAACGAUUUCGCAUAAUGCAAUAAUAAAGAGGGAAGAAAGAGGGAGACCGUAAGUUGGAGGGGACGACAAACCGUUUGGCGGUGGCGUCAGCGUAUAGACAGGAACUUAUCACGGUAGAUAACACUUUUCAAAGGUGAUAUAGCCUCGACUAUUCGUAUAAUAGCCACGUACGUGGAAUCUUAUCAAAAGAUUCGACGCGUGUUAACGAUAAAACGUUGUUGAACAGGUUGAUGGUUCGCCAAUUUAUAAUUUAAAACGUAAAACCCACGAUCGUUUCGCGUUUGCACGAGUUAUAUUUUUGGAACAAUCAACGCAAUUCGAAAUAACCGAUCAAGUUCAAUGGCGACGACCGCAAACGAGGCGCGCAAACGAACCGGUCAACUAAAAGACGAGAAAGAGACAACAGAAAAUGAGGAGGAAAAAUUUCUAGUCAGUUAUCAGGAACGAUAUUACAACAUACGCAAUUUCUUACGAUAUCAUCCAGGUGGAAAGAAAGUAUUCGAUUACUUUAAAAAUCAAAGCUUGGAUAAUGCUUUUAACAACAACCCCCACUCGAAAGGAGCGUUUCAUUUGUUCGAAGAUUUUAAAUUGAACAACGAUGAAAAGUAUCAGGAAUACGAAAAUCUCAUCGACUGGAACUCGCCUAUACUCUGUCAAGUAGGUACGUUGGGUGAUCGAUACUGGGAAUGGGUAAAUUUGCCGGUAAACCGACAAAUUCGACUCUUUAAAUCAGACUACUUGGAAAUUUUAUCGAUCACCCCUUGGUAUUUAAUACCGAUCGUAUGGAUCCCUGUCUGUAUCUUCUUGCUCUAUCUAGGAUGGAAGGGCAUUGCCGAUAGUCACUCUGGAAACAUACUGUUCGAAGCUUUAAUUUCGUACGUAUUUGGUAUAUUGCUAUGGAGCGCCUUAGAAUAUGUGCUUCAUCGUAAGCUCUUUCACUUUAAACCACCCGCUACCUCGAAAGUACUUAUUUCAUUGCAUUUUAUACUUCAUGGUAUUCAUCACAAGGCCCCAUUUGAUGAUAGAAGAUUGGUAUUUCCUCCCGUACCUGGUUUAUUAAUAACAAAACUGAUAUUAUACCUUUAUCAUACAGUAUUUCCACCACAGAUGGUUUAUUUUAUUACCGCUGGCACGGCAACAGGCUACUUGUGUUACGAUUUAAUUCAUUAUUAUUUACAUUACGGUGCGCCGAAAGCUGGAUCGUAUUUUUACCUCUUAAAAAGGAAUCAUAAUUAUCAUCAUUUCUUACAUCACGAGCUAGGUUUUGGCAUCAGCAGUAAAUUAUGGGACUACGCAUUUGGAACAACCAUUAGUUUGCGAAAACUCAGAAAACCGAUUGAAUGGUGAAUUAAUAUAUUGAAAUAACUUAUAUACGCUUUAUAAGGAGUUCCUCGGAAUUACGAAACAAGACACAAACAGUCGAUUGCAACUUAUAAUUGAUUUUUCGACGAUUCAAAUAUUUUUAAGUACAGAAAGGAACAAAACUGCUUAAGAUACAAAAAGAAAUAAGACCAGAUCUAGAAUGAUAAAAUUAUGUAUCGCAUUAUGCAGUAUUACUAGUACCUAAGCAAAUAGAUAUUUUAAGUACAUAUA